CACGCGUACACGUGCGGGAUGUGCGGCUCCCCACCAUGAGCACCGCCCGAGGUCCGCCCAUUCCUCCGCUCCGUUUCAUCGUCGUGUCUCACGGAGGAAUCCGUGAAUCAUCCCUCCCUUCAUCAUUGUCGCCUUCUUCUUGUUCUUCGUCUUUUGUCUGCUUUCUUCUGAUCCACCGGCGCGACCGCGUCCUCCGGUUUUGUAUGAUCGUCAGAAGGCGGUUCACUGCGAUUUCGUCUUCAACUGGCAUCAUUCUUUCCUAGGUGAUAUUUUUUUUUGGUGUCUUCUAGGAGAAUUGUGCUUGGUGGGUUGUCAUCGGUUGCGGUUUGGUUAUUGAUUAGUAGAUGUUGGUGGAAGCGAGGGGGCUUCGCAGAUUUUGUUCUCUUCUUGGAGGAGUUAUCAAUGUCGUUUGAGUGUAGAAAUUUAGCAGUUUCUGAACGAAUAUAUUUUUUGCAUUUUGGGUAGAAGUUACGUAGAUGGUGCUUAUUUCGUUUUUGUUGGAGCGCAAUCUUUGUUAGUUGGAAAGUUUUUGUUUCAGGGGCGACUUUGACGAACAUAGCGUUUCCAAAUUUCGCUGUGGAAGGAAACCUUUUUGGGGGUUAGUGAAAUUGAUGGUCUUUAAAAGGUGGUGGCGGUUUCGUUUCUAUCUUACAUUUACAGAGGAAAGGUGUAUCUUCUCUUACUUUUCUUGUUUUCAUGGUGGUCUCUUGAGUGUUUUAGUGAAUUAAACAUUCUUGGAUAAUAGUUGCUUGGUCCUCAAAAAGAGAUAUUUUUCCACGUUAAACGAUAGUGAACGUGAUUGCUCUGAGGUUUCAGUGGAUUUCAUCGUUGUGUUUACUGAGCAGCUGGUUGUGAGUUUAUUCUAUUCUAGAAAACCUGCUCCUCCCCGGUCUUUUGGUGAGGCUUUAAGAAGUCACAGUUUAAAAUGGGAGGGCCACCCCCAGGAGCUAGGUUGCUCAAUGAUGUGACAAACUCAAGAUGGAGCCUGAGCACCUAUCGGACCCUUGUCCUGAUACUCACUUUUAUCGCUUACGCCUGCUAUCAUGCUUCAAGAAAACCUACCAGUAUUGUGAAGAGUGUUCUGGAUCCUCAGCCCCUUUUAGAUGGUGGUAGCCAGAGCUUCCAUACACGUGAUGACCAAUUUGUGCCAUGGCCGGCAGGCCCAAUCUUUGUCAGAAGAAAAGGCCUGGUUGGUAAUUUCACCUCUGCUGCUGAUAAAAGUGCAGGGUCCCGUGGGCUUCAGACUGAUGGUUGGGCACCGUUCAAUGGAGAAGAUGGGACAGCAAAACUGGGAGAAAUUGACCUUGCUUUUCUUCUGUUCUACUCAACGGGAAUGUAUGUUGCUGGGCACCUUGGGGACACACUGGAUCUUCGGCUGUUUUUGGCCAUUGGAAUGGUUGGAAGUGGGGUGUUUGUGGGACUCUUUGGGAUGGGGUAUUUUUGGAAUGUUCACAGUUUUCUGUAUUACAUAUUAAUGCAAAUGGCUGCUGGAUUGUUCCAAGCAACUGGUUGGCCUUCUGUAGUUGCUGUUGUCGGCAACUGGUUUGGCAAAAGGAAGAGAGGUCUGAUCAUGGGUGUUUGGAAUGCUCAUACAUCAGUUGGAAAUAUUACCGGUUCUCUUCUUGCUGCUUGUGUUUUACAGUAUGGAUGGGGUUGGUCCUUUAUACUGCCUGGCGCAUUGAUCUUUUGUGGUGGCAUUAUUGUUUAUUUAUUUUUAGCUGCCUAUCCUGAGGACGUUGGGCUUGCUUGCCCUCACUUAUGCAACUCCGAGAAUGAGAGGGAAAUAUAUGCUAAAGAUUUGGAAGGGCAGAUGCAUGCUCCAGCUGUGAAGAAGGGUAAGGCUGAUCCUGAAGCUAAGGAAAAAAAAGCUUCUGCAAGUAGAAGCAGCGCCGUGGGGAUCUUGGAAGCAUGCUUUAUUCCGGGAGUAAUUCCUUUUGCCAUGUGUCUGUUUUUCUCAAAGCUCGUGGCCUACACAUUCCUCUAUUGGUUACCAUUUUAUUUGAGUCAAACUGCCAUUGGUGGAGAAUACAUGUCAGUGAAGUCUGCAGGGAACCUCUCAGCACUGUUCGAUGUUGGUGGAAUCAUGGGUGGGAUUCUUGCUGGCCAUAUAUCCGAUAGGCUUAGGGCCAGGGCUAUUACUGCAGCCAGCUUUAUGUACCUGGCCAUCCCUUCACUUCUUUUAUACCGAGCCUAUGGUGAUGUCUCAAGGUUCUUGAACAUAGUACUCAUGAUGAUUGCUGGGUUGUUUGUCAAUGGGCCUUAUGCUCUCAUCACUACUGCUGUUUCAGCGGAUCUUGGUACUCAUAGUUCUCUUAAGGGCAAUUCUCGUGCUCUUGCAACAGUAACCGCCAUAAUCGAUGGUACUGGAUCGGUUGGGGCUGCAUUUGGUCCUCUUCUUACUGGGUUUCUCUCACGAAAAGGAUGGAAUGCAGUUUUCUCAAUGCUCAGUUUUGGGGCCCUUGUUGCUGGCCUUCUCUUGUCCCGUUUAGUUAUGACAGAAAUUACAGAGAUCUAUGGAAAGUCAGGGCACGAUGAAAACUUAAACCAGCAAGGAAAUCAAGGUUCUGCAUCUGAACCUUUAUUGAGGGAGCAGAGGUGAGCCAGAAUGGUCUCGGAUUAGCUAAACAAUCGCAGGCCCGCGAUGAAGAUAUGUGAGCAGCAAUACAGGCAUAAUCUCCAUGGUGUAAGGACUUUAGGAUGCCCACUUUUGGACAUUGCUGGUUCUUGUCUGUAUUUUUGGUCAUUCAGGGUGGGAAACAUAGCUUUAAUGUCUGUCUAGGAUGUUCCUUCUUUAUCUCCAAAUGAAGCCUCUCGGAAUAGUUUCAGGACUUCCUCUUUCCCUUUACUUAAAUGGUUAAGGCAAAUAAAAAAGAAAUGGAUAUGAAUUCUGCCACAGCGAACCGACUGCUAUUAAUGAAGUGGCAUCAACCAUGCAUGACAACUGCUGGUAUUGAGGAGAGAGGAACAUGAAAUUGUUCAGACCAUAAAUGUAAUAAGCUCUCAUGAGGCGCUUUGUUGUUCAAGAAGAUGUAUCUUAUUUUA